UUCGUUGUGUUAUCAUGAUUCGUUCUUGCAUAAAGGCAAAAAAGAAAAAAAAAAAGACAAUCGUAAAUGAAAUAAUCGGCUGGACGGGCCCGGGACCUUGGGAUGGUCUCUUGUCGUUCAGUCGUGCACCGGCCCUGUUCCAGGCAUGUCAGUCGUCUACCGAAAGACCGUCCAGCUCGCGGAUAAGCUCGUACCACAGAAAUUCCAGCCAGCCUGGAACCACGAGGCAGGUCCUAAAACUGUGUUUUUCUGGGCUCCAGCUAUAAAAUGGGGCUUGGUCAUCGCCGGGCUGAGCGAUCUUUCAAGGCCGGCUGACAAAAUAAGCCUCCCUCAGUCUGGAGCGCUGGCAGCUACUGGCAUCAUCUGGUCACGUUACUCAUUGGUCAUUAUACCGAAGAACUGGGGUCUGUUCAGCGUCAACUUGUUCGUCGCUAUCACUGGACUCUACCAGUGCUCCAGGGCAUACAGAUAUCAGGCCAAGCAGAAAGCAUUACAACAAUCGUUUUAAAAACAAAGGAACUAUGCAAUAAGCCUACAAUCACAAUGAGAUUUAUAUUUGUUGAAAAGAUAUUUAUUUUCUUGUUAUGUUACUCACGUGCAAUGAUUUAAAUGUAAACUUUAUAUUUUUUGUAAAGUCAGUUUUAUUGUUUUACAAAUAAAUUAUGCAAAAAUUGAUUGUCUGGGUUUAUUUAAAGGAUUUGAUAUAAUAAAGUCUAUCUGAUUUAUUUUUUGUCUUAUAAAGCUUAUAAAUAUUACUGUUUAAAUGUUUGUUUGAUUGAUAAAUUGUAUUUUAAAAUGUC